CAACAAAAACCCGACGACCCGUGACUGGCAGUUCCCUGUAGAUGUGUAAUCUCUGUUUAACAUUGUGUUUCAUUAUUAUUUCGAAGCAAAUUCAAAUUGAUUGACUACGAGAUGCUUUUGAUGAUAGUUUUAGAUUACAGCGGUCAACUUUUCGACUACUAAUUGUGUUAUUGCUUCAGUUUCAAUGACCACAGUUAUUAAUAAUUUAUUUCUGGAGUUAUAUUUUUUUGAUGAGAUAGUUGCAGUAUUUAAUUUUUUUUGCCUUUAGUAGCUUUUGAGCAUAUUUUUUCUAAUUCUGCCUGUCACCCAGAGGCAACGACAGUUGCAAUGGAAGGAUGCUGCAUGCUGUGCACUGUCCUUGGGACGAUUUUGGUGGCCUUCUCUGGCAUCUUGGUCUUCGCUGCUUACAAGCUCGGGUUGUUCUAUCAGUUCUUCCACAAGACAGAGCCAAAGAGUCCCUGCCAUGGUGGAGAGAGUGUGGCUGAAGUAUUGCGGGCUCAUGGUGUCAAGUUCAUCUUUACACUGGUAGGUGGUCACAUUUCCCCAAUCCUUGUGGCCAGUGAGAAAUUAGGCAUCCGGAUUGUAGACACACGUCAUGAAGCCACAGCCGUUUUUGCUGCUGAUGCUGUUGCUAGACUGUCAGGAACAAUUGGGGUUGCUGCAGUAACUGCUGGGCCAGGGUUGACCAACACUGUAACAGCAAUAAAAAAUGCUCAAAUGGCGGAGUCCCCUGUCCUGUUGUUAAGUGGAGCUGCAGCAACCUUGCUUCAGGGCCGUGGAGCACUUCAAGAUAUUGAUCAGAUGUCUUUGUUUAAAAGUCUAUGCAAAUUCUGUGCCUCAGUCCGAACAGUCCGAGAAAUCAUUCCAGUACUUAAAAAAGCUAUAGCAGUUGCCCAGUCAGGGACACCAGGUCCAGUGUUUGUAGAGCUGCCAAUUGACACAUUAUAUCCCUACCACCUCGUGGAAAAAGAAGUUGCACCCAAAACUCCACCCAAAGGGCUUAUUGGAAAGGUUAUCAAUUGGUACCUCCAGAAUCAUUUAAGCAACCUGUUUGCUGGAGCCUGGGAACCAAGAGAUAUUUCACCACUUCCUGUUCAUAUUCCUCAAGCUACAAAACAACAGGUACAGGAGUGUGUGGAGAUAGUUAGCAGAGCAAAGAAGCCCCUCAUACUCCUUGGUAGCCAAGUGACCCUGCCUCCAGUACCUGCUGACAAAACUAGAGAGGUGCUUGAGACUCUAGGGAUUCCUUGUUUUUUGGGGGGCAUGGCACGUGGAAUGCUGGGAAGAGAAAGCCCCAUUCACAUUAGGCAAAACCGCAAAGAAGCCUUAAAAGAAGCAGAUGUAGUUAUCUUGGCAGGAACUGUAUGCGAUUUCCGAUUGGGUUAUGGUCGCGUCUUAAGUCGCCACAGUAAAAUAAUUGCUGUAAAUCGAGAUCGCUCUCAACUCCUGAAGAAUUCAGACAUGUUCUGGAAACCUUGUGUAGCAGUUCAAGGGGAUGCUGCCUCCUUUCUUUUGCAACUUUCUGAGGGUUUAAAAGGUUAUCUGUGUCCCCUGGACUGGCCACAAAACCUUAAGGAACAAGAUAUACUUAAAGAGAAGGCUAACAGAGAGAGAGCAGUUGAGAAGACAGAGCGACAUCUCAAUCCAUUAAAGGUACUGCAUCUUGCUGAUGAGCUUAUUGCAGAGGACAGCAUCAUUGUGGCAGAUGGCGGUGAUUUUGUGGGGAGCGCUGCUUACAUCAUGAAGCCUCGUGGACCUUUGCGUUGGUUAGACCCAGGUGCAUUUGGAACUUUGGGUGUCGGUGGAGGUUUUGCUCUGGGAGCAAAACUCUGCAGGCCAGAAUCAGAGGUCUGGGUUAUUUAUGGUGAUGGGUCACUUGGAUUCAGUGUUGCUGAAUAUGACACCUUCACUCGUCACAAGACACCAGUAAUUUCACUCGUGGGAAAUGAUGCCUGUUGGAGCCAAAUCUCUCGAGAGCAGGUUCCUCUUCUAGGAAGCAAUGUUGCUUGUGGACUUGCCUUCACAGAUUAUCACAUAGUGGCAGACGGUUAUGGAGGUAAAGGCUAUCUGGUCAGCUCCAGUGAGGAACACAAACUGGAGGAAAUUAUAAAGAGUGCCCAGCGGGACAACCGAGAGGGACGUGCUGCACUCAUUAAUGUCCUAAUAGGAAAAAGUAAUUUUAGAGAGGGCUCCAUCUCUGUGUAGAGUUCCUGGUAGUCCUGUUUUUGUUUUUAAUUUUGUUCAAAUAUCUCAUUGUUUAGCUUUGUUGUUAACAUAAUUGUUUAAAAAGGAAUAUACUAAAGCUGCAUCUGAAAAGAGUUUUUAAAACGAAUGGCUUAUUUUAAAAAUGGUUUAAAUUACAGUCACGGUUAAGUUUUUUAGGUGCUAUAAUGUUCACAUCUUGCAGCAGAAUCUAGUUUCUUUGUAAAUGGGUUCAUUUUCAAUUGUAGCACAUGUGCUUGCAUUCGAAGGCAAACAUGCACUUUAGGCAUAAAUAAAAAGCACUAUUCAUCAUGUACUGGAAUUCCUUUUAAUAUCUGACAUUUUGAUAUGUUUCUUUUGUGUAUGUGUGGCUGUAGCAUUAUAUUUCCUACCUCAGCAUAUUAAAAAGCAAUUUAAAGAAGAAAGAAAUUUGUUUAAUUAAACGUUAGGAAGUUUACUCUGCUGCACAGUCCAGAUUUUUGUACAUUGUACUGUUAUUUACAAAUCCUUUGUUGACGAGUAGUACAGAAACACGGCAGGUUGAGUACAUAAUAAAAAAGGAACAUUAAUCAAAACUUCACAUUUUUUACACAUUUACUGCAGGCAGCUUUACAUCAAACGAAAGGCCAUGUGAUAUCAAAGAGUCAGACUCCAAUCCUCAGGGUCUGCCGUGUCUUCUAAGCCUAACGUCAAAUACAUAAUCCUAAUUAUUAUUGAAUUAAUUAAUAUAUAAAAACAUGGAAGUGUUCUGAUUAAAUAAUAUAUACAUUUUUAAUUGAUUUUCACAUCAAAUGCAUAAGCUUCUGAAGUCAUUGUCAUCUCUGUCCUCCUCUCCAUGUUAAACUACUCGGCUACCAGUGCACCAGUUUCAUUGUAAUAUCGUACCAUUUAUUCUUCAUAUACACUUAUAUAGAAAGUUCAGUUUUCAUUGAUAUGGCUCAACAGAGUGUGUCUAAAAUUUGAAAAGCCCCUCACUUAAAAUGCAUAAGUGAAUUUUCAAAAUUGUGUGUCUUAAAAUAUUACAAUACAAUACAAUACAAUUUAUUUUUGUAUAGCCCAAAAUCACACAAGGAGUGCUGCAAUGGGCUUUAACAGGCCCUGCCUCUUGACAGCCCCCCAGCCUUGACUGUCUAAGAGGACGAGGAAAAACUCCCAAAAAAAAAACCUAGUAGGGAAAAAUGGAAUAAACCUUGGGAAAGGUAAUUCAAAGAGAGACCUCUUUCCAGGGAGGCUGGGCAUGCAGUGGGUGUCAAAAAGAAAGGGGUCAAUACAAUACACAGAACACAACACAAGUAAUCCUCAAUACAGUAUAAUAGAGUAAUAGAAAUAUUACAAGUACAGAGCAGAAUUCAACAGUAGAUAAUAUUACCGGUACAUAAUAUGAUUUGUAUAAUACGAAUAUUACUGAUUCAUUUACUCCUCAAAUGAAUCCUGAGGGACAUUAUUUCAACUUGUAAAUUUUUCUCCUUUAUUUGUCUGAGAACCACUCAUGACAGUAAAAUAGAUUCCUAAUAUGAGUUAUGUAAAUGUCAGUAAAGUCACGCUUGCAGGUUGAAAAUCAUCAUCAUGUCAGCUGCUUAUGUGAAUCUCUGCAACCCCAACUUACUUCUCAUGCUGCUUGCAGUCGUAUUAGGUUAAGUGACCUUUAUAACUCUAAAAGUAAGAAAUACAAGCAAGUAAAGCAGAAAGUCGCUUCACUUAUGCAGAAAUUAAUUUAAGAAGAGGGCAUGGCUUGGCAGGCCAUUAUGUAAACAGUGAAUAAAUAUCUACACAGCAUUUAACUUACACUAAAAUCAGCCUCAUGGCUGCAGCCAUGUUUUAUUAUCUGCAGUUUAUAAUGAUUCAAAAUUACUUUGACACAGAAUGACCUGCUGUCCAUCACAGUCCUUUGUAGCCAACAAUUUUAGCUUGGGACUUCAACGUAGAUUAUACCUUUCCAUCGGGUUCUUCUUUCAAAUAUGUUAUGUUUUAUUUCUUAGUUAUACUUUUUUUUUUUAAUCAUCAAUGUUGAUUUAAAAAAAAUGUGACAACUGUGACUCCUUUACAAGACUCUCUGUAAUCUGAUCUAAACCGCAGAAGUUAGUUGAAGGUCUCUCCACUUUUUUUUUGAUCACUAAAAUGUAACUUUCCUUGUAUGACUGACACAAUGUUUAUAUGGACAUUUCAGAUGUUAAUCAGUAGAGGAAAACAAUUCAAAUAAUUAAAAUGAAACCUGCAGUUAUUAAAGCUGGCGAGAUAUUUUUGUUGCUUAAUCAAGCAGGAAAGCUACAAACAAAAAACAAAAUGAAAAAACGGUAAUCAAUUUCCAGAUUCUUUUUCUAUUGAAGUGUAUUGUCUGCUUCUGUGUAGCAUUACAUUAAAUGUUUAUUUUUAUGGUACUGAACUACUGUUGAAUUGCUACAUUAUGGUUUUACCAAAGUUUGGUUACUACAAAGUCAUAUAUGCUUCUGUGCCCUAAAAAUCUAAUUAAAGUACAUUUGCUAACUUU